ACUUUCCCAUGCCACAGCCUGAUCUGCUUCGGCUGAGGCGUGUCUAUAACCAAAGGAUCGUGACUACAGAACCGGUCUUUCAUUUAACUUGGGUGAACCUGGUAACCUGCUUAAUUCAAGUCAAGGAUCCUAAGGCACCAUGGCAUCCUUUGAGAAAAUCUCCAAAGCUAACACCACAUUCAACUUGAAUUUGUUGAAGAAGAUCAGUGAGGAUGAAAAAACCUCCAACAUCUUCUUGUCCCCGUUGAGUAUCUCAGCAGCACUGUCGAUGCUGAUGUUGGGUACCGGGGGCAACACACUCAAGCAGAUGUCAGAGGUUCUAUGUUUCACUGAGGCUGACAAUCCAGAUGGAUCAAUGCAGACUCUGAUGCAGGAACAGAGUCAGAUGCGGUCACAGAUGCUGACACGGCUGCAGAUGCGCACCCAAAUUCAGCAGUCGAGCAGGCUUCCACACUACCUCCUGAAGUGCAUGAAGCCUGAUAGCAGCGCUGAUGUCAUCCAUGAGGACUUCUCCAAACUGCUGAAAGAGCUCCAGAAGAUUUCGUCUCUCAAACUCACCAACAGGCUAUAUGGAGAUAAGAGCUUCGAAAUCCUUCCGGGAUUCUUAAAGGAAACCGGGGAGAAAUAUGGGGCAGAACUCGAGUCUGUGGAUUUCAAAGGUGCAGCUGAGGACGCUCGGAUCAACAUCAACGGCUGGGUGGAGAAGAACACUGAGAGCAAAAUCAAAGACCUCCUGGCUAAGGGCACUGUGGACGCUUCAACCGUUCUGGUGCUUGUCGAUGCCAUUUACUUCAAGGACAAAUGGCUUCAGCAGUUCAACAAAGACGAUACGGUUGAAGCCCCUUUUAGAAUUAACAAGAAUGACACAAAGACAGUGAAAAUGAUGCGUCAAACGGGUCAGUUCAAUUCAACUCAAAUAGCGGAUCAACAUUUCCAGCUACUGGAGAUGCUUUAUGAAGGGGAGGAGCUGAGCAUGAUCAUCCUGCUGCCUGAUGACGUGGAGGAUGAUACCACUGGACUGGAGAAGCUUGAGAAGGACCUGACCUAUGACAAACUCAUGGACUGGAUGAAAUUGAUGACUAAAUAUGAAGUGCAAGUGCAACUGCCUCAGUUCAAGCUGGAGCAGACCUACCAGAUGAACGACAUCCUGACAAGCAUGGGCAUGGUGGACGCCUUUGAUGUCUCCAAGAGCAACUUCUGCCGCAUGUCCACGGCAACCAAUCUGGUGGUCUCAGAAGUCGUCCACAAAGCGUUUGUGGAGGUGAAUGAGGAGGGAACUGAAGCUGCUGCUGCCACUGGUGUUGUUGUUAGUGAACGUUCCAUUGUGAUUCCACGUGUCUUCAAUGCAGACCAUCCAUUCCUCUUCUUCAUUAUUCACAAAGCAUCAAUGUCAGUCUUAUUUGCUGGCCGGUACUGUAAUCCGGAUGUCAUGGGUGGCGUUCUCAUGAGGUACUGGAAAGCCACCAAAAUUAUUCUGUCUCAUACAGGCACCAUGGCAACUCUGGAGAAGCUCGCCGAGGCCAACGCUGCGUUCUGCUUGAAUUUGGUCAGGAUGCUAAGUGAGGGUGACGCCUCAAACGUCUUCUUCUCCCCGUUCAGCAUCUCAGCAGCUUUGUCUAUGGUGAUGUUGGGAGCCAGGGGCAGCACACAGACUCAGAUAUCGCAGGUGUUAUGCUUUACUGAAGCAGAGAGAACGGAUCCAGACCAACAACAUGGAUUAAUGCAGUCGCAGACUCUGAUGCAGACGCAGGUUCCUAAUGUAGUUGACAGCAGUGAUGAAGCCAUCCAUGAGGACUUCUCCAAGAUGCUGAAACAGCUCCAGGAAAUCUUGUCGGUCCACUUUGCCAGCAGGUUGUAUGGAGAAAGGAGCUUCGGGUUUUUGGAGGGAUUUCUAAAAGAAACCAAGGACAAAUAUGGUGCGGAACUCGAGCCUGUGGAUUUCAAAACUGCUGCUGAGGGGGUUCGGCUCGCCAUCAACGAGUGGGUGGAGAAGAACACUGCAGACAAAAUCAAGAACCUUCUGCCUGAGGGUUCAGUGGACAGCUCGACCGCACUGGUGCUGGUAAACGCCAUCCACUUCAAGGACAAAUGGCUUCAUCAGUUCGACAAAGAGGAUACACUUCAAGCUCCUUUCAGAAUGAGCAAGGGUAAGAAAAUGACAGUGCCAAUGAUGCAUCAGAAGCGCAAGCACAGGUACCUUCAUAACCAAGAAAGCAAAAUAAAGAUGCUGGAGAUGUCUUAUAAAGAUGAGCGGCUGAGCAUGAUCAUCCUGUUGCCCGAUGAUGUGGAUGGUGGAUUGGAGAAGGUGGAGAAGGAGCUGACCUUCAAAAAGCUCAUGGGCUGGAUUGGAUCGAUGAGUCUACGUGAAGUGGACGUGAAACUGCCCAAAUUUAAGUUGGAGAAUAUGUAUGACAUGAACGACAUCCUGAUGAAAAUGGGCAUGGUGGACGCCUUCAACCUCUCCAACAGCAACUUCACCGGCAUAUCUUCGGCAUUCAAUCUGGUGCUUUCCAAAGUGGUCCACAAAGCGUUUGUGGAGGUCAAUGAGGAGGGAACUGAAGCGGCAGCUGCCACUGGUGUCAUGUUUACAACAACCGCCUUUGAGAUGCCGCUUUUCUUUCAUGCAGACCGUCCAUUCCUCUUCUUCAUUUUUCACAAACCAACCAUGUCAAUCUUAUUUGCUGGCCGAUACUGCAAUCCAGAGUGAUGCAUUCAUUAGACGCAAAAACGAGACAGGGAAUUGAGAUGGCAGGAAUUGGCUUUGGUACAAAUGCCACUCUACAACUCCUCUAUGAAUGAAGGGGUUAUUUGUCUUAAUGGUUCUCAUCCAUUUAUUUUUAGUCUUGCACCACAGCUAUGAUUGUGUGUUUCAUGUUUCAUUCGGUUUUUUACAUAUUUUUUCCCAGGAAGCAUAGUAAAAAUAAGGCUUGUUGUUUUAUUGGAUCGGUAAGAAAGCAACUGGGUGAUCAUGACGAAACAUUUUAAUUUUAAAAAGCUUGUGUGUGAGCUUGUGCACCUACAAACGCAAUUUUGUUAAUUACCACAAAUAAAUAAAUUUCAAGUAAGCGG